AAGACAAAAAUAAAAUACAUUUGCCUUUUUAAUUCAGUCAAAGAUUAGUGAAAACAUAACUAUAUAAUUUUCUUAUCAGCAUAGACUUGUUUUUCAUUAUAAUCUUGGAGGUCAUAACAUGAAUGAAUGCUCAUACACUGUAAUUUGUCCUUCACAGUGGCACAGUGUAUCCCAAACAAAUGUUAGGUCUCUGAUAAUAUGCAAAACGAGGAUUUUGCUGGUAUCUUUUCCUAUGAAGGCUGGAUAGACCACAUACACUUUCAAAAAAGGAAGUGCACAGUGAAGGACAAAGAACAUUUUUUCUCUCUCUAGUACAGUACAUACUCUUUAGCAGUCUUGUGGAGACAGAAAGCGUGAAACUAUGGAUGUCAAGGCAGAUGUGAAGGCACUCAUGGCGAAAUUUAACACAGGUAACAGCCCCACAGAGGAUGUUUCUGGUAACAGUCGACCCUUCAAAGUCCCAGGACAACCUAUUGGUACGGGAUUACAGACAAGGAAAGCAGCACUUGAGAAAUUUGCAAGUCAAGGGAAUACAUCUUCUCCUUCAGGACCCAGUACCUUUCAAAAACCUGUUCAUCCUAAGCCUCCUCUGGGGGUCAAGCCUUCACCUGAUGAUAAAACAGAGAAGGAUCCAAAGCCCCCGUAUUUGAAACCAGUGGCACAAAGGUUUGGGGUUCAGCUUCAGGCAACUAACAGAGAAAAUGAUGGAAAAGCUGGAUGCACUAAACCCCUUACAAAAACCAGUGACUUGGCAAAAGAAGAGCCAAAGCCUCUGUACCCAAAACCUGCAGGGAACAAAUUCCUUAACUCUGCUCCUCAUGAGAAAGAAAAAAAUCCUCUGGGAACAAAACCAAAUUCAAAUUUUGCACCACAGGAGAGUGAGGCAAAACCAGCAUUUUCAAAAGUAAUUGGAGUUAAGGAAAAGUUCAUGUCUGCAACACAAGAAAAUGAGCCCAAGCCUCCUUUCUCUAAACCACCUCUGGCACAGAAACCUUCUCUAAACCAUGACAUCUCCCACAACGAAGACACUUCUAAUAAAAAUGUUUUUCUGCAAAAAGGACUAUCGGGCCCUAGACCAAAUAUACACUCAUUUAAAGCAACAAAGGAAAUGGAUGAAAAUAGUAACUGUGCUGCAGAAGGUGCAGGCAGUCAUUUUUCUAACAUAGCUCUGAAGCCUACGGGCCACUGGUCCAGCUCUUCUCAAGGCACCCCCAAAAACAUGGAGGAAAAGACUGAAGAAAAGGGGAUUAGUGCUGCCAAGAACAUCUUCCUCAACAAAAUCAUCCAGGAAGAAUCAGGUUCUUCUUCUCCUAAGUUCUAUAAGAUGAACACAGCGCUUGCUGCAGGAAGGCCAUCAAGUGGAUCACAAGAGAAAGAGGAUGGGGACAGGAGGUCAGGAACCCCCAAGCGGAAAGCCUUGCCCUCGCUGUUCAAGCUAGGCCAGCCCCCGCAGAAGCCCAGCAGACCCCCCAGCGUGGACCUGGAAAGGUUCCGGAAGAGCAGCCCAAAAGACAGCCCUAAAAAUGAAGGUUUGAAACAGACAGCACCUUCCUCAGCAGCACUCUCCCCACCUGUACCUCCGCCACAUUCUGCUAUGCAGUUGCCGCCUACGCCACCAGCCUCUCACCCAUCUCUGCAGUCCCCAGCAGCUCCCAGCCUGCCUCCCAGAAACACCAAGCCCAGCUCUGAAACAAUAAGUCCAGACAAUGAAGAAAAUUAUGAUGAUGUUGAAUUUGUUUCACAGGGUCAUGGAAAUACAGAGGGGGGCCAAGAAAGUGAUGGAGAAACAUAUGAAGACAUAAAUGACAUCAGAUCACCAAGGGGAAAAGAGAAGAAGCGAGACAAGGAAGAAAAGAGAAGAAUGGACCAAGAGAAGAAAGAACAAAAGGAAAAAGAAAAGAAAGAGCAGGAAAUAAGGAAGAGGUUCAAAUUAACAGGACCCAUCCAAGUCCUUCAUCACGCACGAGCUUGUGUUGACCACAAGGGAGGGAAGAAUGAGCUGACUGUCAAACAAGGGGAGGAGAUUGAAAUCAUUCGCCUGACAGACAACCCAGAAGGAAAGUGGCUGGGCAGGAUAAAAGGAUGUUAUGGAUACAUUAAAACAACCAUGGUGGAGAUUGAUUAUGAUUCUUUAAGAAGAAAGCAACAACCACCUACCAGAGCUGCUGUGACACAUCCAGAGAGUGACCAAGAAGUGUAUGAUGAUGUUGGAGAGCAGGACAGUAUUAGCAGUCAGAGUGGUGGUCGCAGUGGAGCUGGAAAGAUGUUCCCACCUCCUCCUUCUGAUCAAGAAAUUUAUGAUGGGAUUGAUGAUGAAGAUGCUGUAACUAGGUCUGUAUCACAGGAUGAAGAUAAGAAUGAUAUCUGGUCCUGGGGAAUCUUGAAGAGGCUAAAGGUCAAAGAUGGCAAAAAGAAAAGUGUACGAGAAAAAACAACCAAAGUCAAUGGGGCAGAAGAUAAUGGAGAUUUGUUCAUGUCUCCUUCAACAAAGCAGUUUGGAAAAGAUUGUGGAGACAAUGAUGUUUAUGAUGAUGUAGAUUCUUCAGACUUCCCUCCUCCACCGCCUGAACUCAAGCAAGUGGAAAUGGGAAUUAUUCCCCUGAUUAGAAAUCUUUCAUCAAAAUCACUAAGCCUUGCAAAAAGUAAAUCAGAUGAAAAAGAUGCACAAAAGCUUAAAAAGAUGGAAAGAGAAGAGAAGGAGUUCAGAAAAAAGUUCAAAUUUGAAGGUGAAAUUAAAGUUCUGUACUCUACCACCACAGUCCAGGACUUGGCCCACCGAAGAUGGGGAUCUAAAGACUUACAAGUUAAACCAGGGGAGUCUCUUGAAAUUAUAGAAAGUACAGAUGAUACCAAGGUCCUGUGCAGGAAUGAAGAAGGAAAAUAUGGCUAUGUUCUGAGAAGCAAUUUAGUUGAGAAUGAUGGGGAGAUUUACGAUGAUAUUGGUGAUGAUUGCAUCUAUGAUAAUGACUGAUGCAGAAUUCUAUGCAAGUUAGAGCUUCACUGAAGAUCAAAGUCUACUUCGGACUUCCUAAUGGUGAAAGCAAGAGAAGUCACUAAAGCUGAUUACAAGUUAAUUGGUUACACUCUUAUAAAUGUACCAUUAAUCUUUUUUAGGAUUUCAGGUUUUUCUCCUCCCUUGCUUUGUAUGACAUUCAUAUUGCCAUUUAUCUGAGCAAUUAAAAUUCAGGGAACAUGAGCUAAA